GCUGCUGCUGCUCCUGCACGAGCAGCUGCUGCUGCUGCUGCUGCUGCAAAUCGUACUGCUGCAGCUGCAUGCGCAGAUCGCCAAUGUCAGACGAGUGCAAGCCGCGCUGAUGCUGCUGCUGGUGCUGCUGCAUCAACAAAUGAUGCUGCUGCCGCUGCCGCUGCUGCUGCUGCUGCUGCCCAUGCUGCUGCUGCUGCUGCUGCUGCUGCUGCUAGAGGCAUCCUUUUUCCUUCCUUCCGUGCGCCUGGAAAGGCGGCGUGCAUGCCGCUCUCUGCUUUGAGGAAGACUGUUUUUGUUUUUUGGAAGUGUCAAGACUCCAUACCUGGAGGGUGCAAUGAAAGCGUCCUCGCCUUGUUCGUCUGGAGUGUCGAUAGCGAGGUUGCCUGCGGUGUAUGGGCUUCCGUCUGA